AUGGCUCAAUACCCUUUCUCCCAGCCAUUUUUCUUCCGCAUUGAACAUAUCCGGCACAUUGAUGAUCCCAAUAUCCCACCCCCCGCAGAUGGCCCAAACUUCUACUGGUCACCACCGCAGGAUCGGCAGCAUUUUAGAAGAGAGCAAACCUCGGGGUGGUACAUCUGGGAUCCUAGACCAUUUCAAUACCAUCCAGACAAUUUCCAAUACGUGCGCAGAGCCACCGAAGAGGAAGAGCUCUGCCGAGAAGCGUACAGAAGCUGCACAAUGUUCUGGUGCCCGGACCGCCACGGCUAUCUCAUCGUCCCCAUUGAUUGUACAACAACUCAUUUGUCCUCGACACCCCACCUCUGGCGACGCCUUUCCUUUGGAUACAAUGAAGGGCUAGGAAGAGAUGACCUCGCAGUAAUCGGCUAUCAUAUGGGAGAUUACAAGCUUCACUUACCCGGACCAGACGAAUGGUUUGAACAACUGCUUCCGGACGUCUGCAUGGCGGAACAGACCGCUCAAGAAACUGAGGGGCGGCGCUGUAGACUGGCAGGUGAUCUCAGCAUUCUGAUCGGGCUAAUUGCCUUCUCAGCUCUUCCCGAUCUGGACGCGAGGGCAGUUGAUCAAUCUUUCCGACCAGAUCUGACUUCUACUGUAUUUCAACAAAAUACCCUACUGAACAGCCCAAAGUGCAAGAUCCGCGGCAUGGUCGUCGAGAUUGGUUACGAUCGCAGUCACCUCAACCCUGCCCUCCUUCGGAGAUGGGAGCGAGGAGAGUUUGGGGAAAUCUUCAGCUAA